AUGGGGGCGGAGGUAAGAGGAGGUAGUAGGUGGGGCACAUGGGUGGAGCUCCUAUUGGCCGGGGCCAUCCUAAGACACGGAACCCGAGACUGGAACCAGGUGGCCGCGGAGCUCCGAGCCAGAACCGCUUGUCCGUACACUUUCACGCCCGAGGUGUGUAAAGCCAAAUAUAAUGACUUGCGAAAGCGAUACUCUGGAUGCAAGGCUUGGUUUGAAGAUCUACGAAAGAAACGAAUGGAAGAGUUGAGACAAGCUCUCAAAAAAUCUGAAGACUCAAUAGGAUCUUUGGAAUCAAAGCUUGAAACUCUCAAGGCGGAGAAAGGAGAAGAUGUGGGACAUUACCCUUCUUCUAAAGAGGCAUUUAAGGACGAGCCAUCUGCUGGCAGUUUCACAUGUGAAGCAUUGACAAGCUGCUCACCUGAAUGCCAGAUACCAGUUACAGAGUCAACUGAAGAAACAGAGACUAAAAGAGAAGCUUCACACUCUUCCGAGCAUGAGAAAAUCUCAAGCAUGGAGAAGUUGGUAGGAACUUUGUAUGUAGGAGUAGGACUAGGAGGGAAUCUGAGAAAGAGACGGGGUAUGAGGAAGAGGAAGGAUUGUACUAGUAGGGAUGUUAAGGAAGCCAGCAUUGGAGAAAGUCGCCUUUUGGAUUCUCCUGAUGCUGUAACUGCCUUGCGGUGUAUAGAAAAUUCAAACAGCGAAUGUCGUGAGGAAUUUGCCUCUUCUGGUGCGGGUGAUUGUAAUAGAGGUUCGACCAAGGAUGAAACUGACCAUCUGUGGAACGUUUUCAAUUCAUUUUUGGAGCAUAAAAGUGCCUCUGUCUUUCGUCAUCGACUUGAUAGCCAGAAGAGACGAAGAUAUAAGAAAUUGAUCCAUAGACACAUGGAUUUUGACACAAUAAGAUCGAGGAUUUCCCACCACUCUGUGAUGUCAGUUAAGGAACUCUUUCGAGAUCUCUUGCUGCUUGCAAACAAUGCCUUGGUGUUUUACUCCAAGAACACGCGCGAAUACAAAUCUGCUUUGCUUCUCAGAGACCUCACCACCAAAACAUUGCGGCAGCAUCUCAAGGAUUCUAGCGGCAAGGCUACCUCUGCCAACCUCUCCUCAAAUGCAUUAGUGUGUAAUCCUCCCGGUAAACCCCGGAGUGCUCGCCCAGCUGGUAACAGAAGGUUGUCGGGAAAGGCUACCCAUGCAGGAAAUGCGGCUGCUAAGACUUCAAACAGAAGUAAGAAGCCAAGUCAUGCUAAUGCUGAUUCCUCUCCUUCAGUUGAAUCUUUCGCUGUGAUGAAGAAAACCUCCGGGCACCCAAGAAAAGUUGGACGUAGAAGUGUUAGUCAACAAAAUGUAACUCCCGUGAAGGGAAGGAAAAGAGGUCGGACAAAGUAG